AUGCAUGUGAUGCCGUUUGACAAAGCAAGCAGAACAUUCACUACUGCAUGGCAUGUCAGUGUUCUAUUUCCUUCCAGAGAAGCAUGCAGUUUACUGAACUUUGUAUAGAAAUCUUGUUUAAUGUUACAGUGAUUACUCUCAGGGACACAUAAGUAGCUCAAUGUUAUUUUCCUGCCAUUGACUUUGUGCUUACAUGUUUAUGAUCAGACAGAGAACCGAUAAUACAGGGGCCCUGUUAUUUUCCAUUAGCAGCAUUUGUUUGGGCUUGCAUUUGGAAGAUCCCUAAGGAUUUGUUAUGCUAAAAUACCGGGGGCAUGAGAAUGAUUAUGCAGAGAGCUGUGAGCUCCAUCUUGCUGUUUCAAUGGACAAUCCACAACGCCUGUCUGACUUGUUAUGUAUUGAGAGAUACAAGAAAAUUAUUGACAGCAGAAGUGGAUGGGGUGUUCCUGUGACACCCUUGCGUCUCGCUGCUUCUCGUGGGUCUUUGGAGUGUUUGAAAAUCCUUCUGGCCAAUGGGGCUGAGGUAGACACCCUUGAUGUAAAGGCACAAACGCCACUUUUUGCUGCUGUGAAUGGCGGUCAUUUUGAUUGCGUUAGGGAAUUACUAAAGGCUGGAGCCAAUCCUUGUGGAAGUGUAUACAAUAACUGCUCACCUGUCCUAACAGCAUCUCGGGAUGGCAAUGCCAAAAUUCUCAAGGAGCUUCUGGAUUAUGGGGCCGAUUCCAAUGUGAGGUCAAAGAUGACUAACAGAACUACUUCUAGCACAAGUUGUACUGGUCCUCUGUAUCUUGCAGCUGCGUAUGGUCACCUUGAGUGUUUCAAAACUAUUCUUCAUUAUGGAGCAGAGCCAAAUUACAACUGUACCGACCAAGAACUUUUGAAGACCAUUAAGCAUCCUAUAACUGUACUUGAGAUGUGUCUGAAACAUUGCUGUGCUUCACACUUUGUGAAACUACUCAUUGAGUUUGGUGCUAACGUGUACUUACCCGACAUUCAUGUAAACAAAUCAUUACCAAACAGCUACUCAUUGGAGCUACUGGCAAGAGAAAGAGAAUGUCCCAGGUCCUUGAUCUCUCAGUGUCGUAUAACCAUAAGAAGAAUCCUAAAACAAGUGGGAAGAUUACAUCUCAUUGAGCAGCUGGAGAUACCACUGAGGCUAGUGAGAUAUUUACAGCAUCACAAUGAUUAGUAUCCAAGGGAAGACCCUGUACUGCCGCAUAUAAAAAGACCUUGAAUGCGCUUUUAACAGUUCAAAGUUAAUUGGAGAUUACUCUGUUUAUUUUAAUGAUGUAUGUUGUAUAUUAAAGUAUUGCAAUAAAUCAACCCGAAUGAGCAUGAUAUUCUGAUGAAAAUAA